CGGGCGCGUCUGGUAGUGCGAGGUGCGAAUAGCAAAGACGGAUAGACGGAGGCAACGCAAAUUUGAAAGAGAGGAAAAAAGCGUGCGCGAUCCGCGACUGCACUGACGGCAGUGCACGACAUUGCAGUUGCAUGAUUUGCAUAGUUGCAGUUGUUGAUGAGCGUAAAAGAUGUAGAACGUGAUAUACGGGAUUGACUCGAUUCAUGUUUGGCCUCAGUUCUCGCAUCUUUUAUAUGACGGUACUAAUAUCAUCAGUGAUCCAGCAGCGACGUUAUACGCUUGACAUCUUUUUUGGCCGAGCCGUAGGGAAAGGAGCUAAGGCUCCUAAAAGGAAAAAGAGAGAAAGAGAAAGGAGAUAAAACAGUCGUAGGAAAAAGGAACAUAAAAACGACGAGUGUUGAAAUCGUUAAAACAGUGUUCUCGGAGUGAGCUCCAACGAGCGAAAGACCCAACGGAAGGUAACGCAAGCAUAUCAAGAUGGCGCAUAAUUUGGCACCGAGCGUCAAUUGUUCGCUCGACGACAUUGACCUGAACGCUCUGAAGGAACCUGCUGGGAUCUUUGAGUUGAUAGAAGUCGUCGGCAAUGGAACGUAUGGCCAAGUUUACAAAGGUCGGCACACCAAAACCGGUCAGCUGGCAGCCAUCAAGGUCAUGGAUGUCACGGAGGCAAGUAUUCGAUUAGACAGCGACGAUGUGUGGUUUAAUUAUCCUUUUGGGAAGUUCAACGAUACGGGAACUGUUGGCUUCACUUCACUAUUGUGGCACAAAUUAUAGACGCGAUCAUCUUGGAAGCGCGAAAGGUUUCGUGAGAU